GUACUACCAAGUUUAGCGAGAGCGGGGGUUCAAGCAUAAUGGCUUCCGCGGUGAGGUUGGCUUCAAGGUCCUUCUUCGCUAAUCGUUCUAGAAGCUUCGUCAAGAGCUCAACGACGCCGUUUGUCUUCUCUUCGUCUUCCGCAUCACGCAUCUCUCGUGCUUCGAGGGUUCUGUCGGUUGUGAUAAGCGUUGAGUCGUUGAUGCCUCUUCACAGUGCUAUUGCUAAUGCUAGGCUCACCUCCAAUAUCGCCUUCGAUUCCACCUGCUGGAGCUCGCUUUCUCGAGGACUUAAAAAAACAUUGUGACAGGCCUGCUGGAUCCAUUCAAGAUGAAAGAAAAAAUUAAAAAGAAAGAAUCAUAACUUUUCUUUUGUCUCGCCCUAGGAUGGGAAAAGAUCAUCAAACAUUUAAAUUGUGGUCAGUUGUACUCUGAUUCCCUCCAACUGCAGACUUGUAUAAUUGGAUUUCCUCAUUGCCUGAAAAUAGAUGACCAACAUGCUCCCAAUUGCUCUUUCUCAAAAUCUUCUUGAAUGGAUUAACAAUAAGAUGUCAGCUUCCUUAAGGAUGUUAAAAUGAUGUUUCGGGUAUAUCUGUUAGCGAUCAAAGAGUGUAUUUACUCCCUAUUUUUCGUUGGGUCCUUGUUAAAGCGUCAUAUUCUGUCCGCUUUCCCCUCUCUUUAUGUAUGGUACGUUAAUGGUAUAAUGGCAUUGUAUUCAACCAUCGAUUUAGCCCACAAUGGGAAGUGAAAGUAAUUUGAGAACGGAAAAUUGUCAUGUAA